CGCUGAUGGAGAUGGCGUCCGCUGCUGUGUGAGAGACCGUGGAGGCCCAGAGCCUGGGCGGAGAACUGGACGGGCCUGCGAGCCUGCGGAAGCCCGACCGGGCUUCUCUUGCUCCAGAGAGGAAGCCUCAUCCAGGGCCAUGAUGCCACUUCCCCAUCAUCUGUGUGCUGCUUGGUUAAGCUAAUGCUGCCGGACGGAGCCUUGUUCCUUGUGGAGGAAUCCAGCUGACUCUUGGCAUGAGGCCCCUGCAUUGUGGGGGUUGAGAGGGAUACUCCCAUGGCUUCCCUGGAUGACCCAGGGGAGGUGCGGGAAGGCUUCCUGUGCCCUUUGUGCCUGAAGGACCUGCAGUCGUUCUAUCAGCUUCAGUCACAUUAUGAGGAAGAACACUCCGGGGAAGACCAUGAUGUCAAAGGGCAAAUUAAAAGUCUUGUUCAGAAGGCUAAAAAAGCAAAGAACAGGCUGUUAAAACGAGAAGGAGAUGACCGAGCAGAGUCAGGGACCCAAGGAUAUGAAUCUUUCAGUUAUGGAGGGGUUGAUCCUUACAUGUGGGAACCCCAGGAGCUUGGUGCUGUGAGAAGCCAUCUUUCAGACUUUAAAAAACACCGAGCUGCAAGGAUUGACCACUAUGUUGUUGAAGUCAAUAAAUUAAUAAUCAGGUUGGAAAAGCUCACUGCAUUUGACAGAACGAAUGCUGAGUCAGCUAAGAUCCGAGCAAUAGAAAAGUCUGUGGUGCCUUGGGUCAACGACCAGGAUGUCCCUUUUUGUCCAGACUGUGGGAAUAAGUUUAGCAUCCGUAACCGCCGCCAUCACUGCCGGCUCUGCGGGUCUAUAAUGUGCAAGAAAUGUAUGGAGCUCAUCAGCCUUCCCUUGGCAAAUAAGCUCACCAGUGCCAGCAAGGAUUCCCUGAGCUCCCACACGAGCCCUAACCAGUCACCCAACAGUGUCCAUGGCUCUCGCCGGGGCAGCAUCAGCAGUGUGAGCAGUGUAAGCUCCGUCCUGGAUGAGAAGGAUGAUGACCGGAUCCGCUGCUGUACCCAUUGCAAGGGCACGCUGCUCAAGAGAGAGCAGCAGAUUGACGAGAAGGAGCACAUCCCCGACAUUGUGAAGCUCUAUGAGAAACUACAACUUUGCAUGGAGAAAGUUGACCAAAAAGCUCCUGAAUACAUCAGGAUGGCAGCAUCAUUAAAUGCUGGAGAGACAACCUACAGGCUGGAACAUGCCAAUGACCUUCGGGUAGAAGUGCAGAAAGUGUACGAGCUAAUAGAUGCUUUAAGUAAGAAGAUCUUAACCUUAGGCUUGAACCAGGACCCUCCACCACAUCCAAACACUUUGCGGCUGCAGAGGAUGAUCAGAUACUCGGCUACACUUUUUGUGCAGGAAAAGUUGCUUGGUUUGAUGUCACUGCCAACCCAAGAACAGUUUGAGGAACUAAAGAAAAGGAAGGAAGAGAUGGAAAGGAAGAAGAUGCUGGAGAAACAGGCUUCCCUGGAAUCCCAGCGAAGGCUUGAGGAAAGGCGGAGUGACCUGCCAUCUCGUGCCAAUGGGGAGGUGGUGUACCUUCGAAGGGGCUCUGCCCCCUUGAGAAAGGCUGAGGGCUGGCUCCCACUGUCAGGAGGUCAGGGGCAGAGUGAAGACUUGGACCCCCUCCUCCAGCAGAUCCACAACAUCACAUCAUUUAUCAGGCAGGCCAAGGCCGCAGGGCGGACAGACGAAGUGCGCACCCUGCAGGAGAACCUGCAGCAGUUGCAGGACGAGUAUGACCAGCAGCAGACAGAGAAGGCCAUCGAGCUGUCCCGCAAGCAGGCUGAGGAGGAGGACCUGCAGCGGGAACAGCUGCAGAUGCUGUGUGAACGGGAGUGGGAGCGAGAAAGGGAGCAGUUCCAGGCGGCGUCCUUGCACACACGGACCCGGUCCCUGGACUUCCGAGAAAUCAGGCCUUUUCAGCUGGAACCCAGCACAGAGCCUUGCACCCCCCUUGCUCAUGCUUUGGAUCUGGGUUCUUCCCCAGUUCAGAGCAGUGCAACUCCCAAGACCCCUUCACCCAGCUCUGCUCUUGAGCCUAUCAGAGUGUGGUCUGGGCCCGCAGCCCUUGGCCAGGAAUUCUUCCCCCAGAGCACCAGGUCACAGCCACGCGAGGUGCCCUCCCUAAAUCCCUUUGAUGAGGAGGACUCCUCCAGCCCUGCAGCAGAGGGCCCUACCAGCCCUCGUGCUGCAGAGCCUUCCUUUGGCCCUCCAUCCCGCAUCCUCAAAGAGUACAAUCCCUUUGAGGAAGACGAGGAAGAGGUGGCAGCGGCCGGGAAUCCCUUCACUAACUCCAGCAGCCCAGCACCCAACCCCUUCAGUGAGGAAGAGGAGCGUCCUCCCCAGAGGCCCUCAAGCCCUCCUGUUCCUGGCAACCCCUUCGAGGAAGCCACCGGUACCAACCCCUUCGAGAUGGACAGUGACAGUGGGCCAGAGGCCGAGGAGCCCAUCGAGGAGGAGCUCCUCCUCCAGCAGAUCGAUAACAUCAAGGCGUACAUCUUUGACGCCAAGCAGUGCGGUCGCCUGGAUGAGGUGGAGGUACUGACAGAGAACCUGAGGGAGCUGAAGCGUACCCUGGCCAAACAGAAGGGGGGCUCUGACUGGCCACUGGGCAGGUAGAGCACCUUUGGGCCCAGGGGCCUGGCAGGAGAGGCUUGGUGGAAUUGAUGGGCAGGAGGAAGGAUGAGAAUUAAGAUGCAUACAGGUCAGGGAGGAAAUCCGCUAUUUCAUGCUGUGUACUUGGAGGUUUUUUCACUACAAUUGAAAAAUAAAAUGGGAACUAGAACAGGAAGAAGCAGCAUUCAUUUGCUGUUUUUCCUGGGCUUUUUUUUUUUUUUUUAAAUUGGGUUUUCCCUUUAGAAGGGACUUAACAUUUUCACUACUGAGAUAUAACUAAAUGCAUUUCUGCUGGGUCCUGGUGUGCACUCGUGGGUCCAUUUGUCCUGCCUAGUCUUCGGUCGUGAUGAGUAUUAUAGGGAAGCCUUAUAUAUAGGGCCUCCGUUAGCCAAGACUGACAAGGUGGAUUCCUUUAAACCGUGCUCUCGUCUGGCAGAAGCCUGACCCCGUUAGGCUGUGGGUUCCUUUCCCUGGAUCUUCCUCUGCCCUGCUGGGUACAUCCUGCCUGUGCAAAGGAAGGGGUCAGGUAUGCUAGGAAGGUGCUAGCUUAGACCCAGGAGAUCCCAGCACUUUUUUUAAAGAGAGGGUGAUGGGGAUGAGGUUUCACCAGGUGUGUUUCCCUCAGUUUAAGUUCUUGUUUGUCUCUUUUAGGAAGUUAAACUCCCAGUGCUGAGGUAUCACUGUAGUCUGAUCAUGAGCUUUUUAGAAAAUA